GAAAAACGCUGGGCGCAGGUUCAUAUUCGGUGGUUAAGGAAUGUGUCCAUAUAGAUACAGGAAGAUACUAUGCCGCAAAAGUCAUCAACAAACGGCUCAUGGCCGGCCGGGAGCAUAUGGUUCGCAAUGAGAUCGCAGUCCUCAAGCGUGUCUCGGUAGGACAUCGCAAUAUCCUCACCCUUGUUGACUACUUUGAAACCAUGAACAACUUAUACCUUGUGACAGACCUCGCUCUAGGUGGAGAGCUUUUCGACCGCAUCUGCCGCAAAGGCUCUUACUACGAAUCCGAUGCCGCCGACUUGAUACGAGCGACUCUGUCCGCAGUCGCAUAUCUCCAUGACCACGGCAUCGUGCACAGAGACUUGAAACCAGAGAAUCUAUUGUUCAGAACACCAGAAGAUAAUGCGGAUCUCUUGAUUGCAGAUUUUGGUUUAUCGAGAAUCAUGGACGAGGAGCAAUUCCAUGUCUUGACCACGACGUGCGGCACACCAGGGUAUAUGGCACCCGAGAUAUUCAAAAAGACAGGUCAUGGCAAGCCUGUCGACAUCUGGGCCAUCGGCGUUAUCACCUACUUCCUCCUUUGCGGCUACACUCCGUUCGACCGCGAUUCCAAUCUCGAAGAAAUGCAAGCCAUCCUGGCCGCCGACUACUCUUUUACCCCCGUCGAGUAUUGGCGCAACGUCUCCGAUACCGCGAGGGACUUUAUCAAGCGCUGCCUCACGAUCGACCCUCAUACCCGCAUGACCGCACACCAAGCUCUGCAGCACCCCUGGAUCAAGCCCGACACCGACCCCACAUCUCCUGUUAAGGGUCCUGGGGACGGACAAGAUCUCCUGCCAACAGUAAAGAAGAAUUUCAAUGCGAGAAGAACACUGCACAAGGCCAUCGACACGGUUCGUGCGAUCAAUAAACUCAGAGAGGGAGGUGGACUCAUGGCGGGCCAUAUGGACGGCGCCAUGAGUGUGGAUCCGAAACCCAAGCCCGAGAUGGUCAAUGGAAGCAAAGUACUCAAUGACCAGGGCCAGCCAAUCCAAGGGGAGGAAGCAAGGGGUGCUAAUGUGACACAAGGUGACUCGGAUGCAAUGGAGAUUGACUCCAGGGGAAAUGCAAGGGGCCAGACUGAGGAUCAAAUCCGGCGGCAACAGAAAAAGAUCAAUGACACGAUGACGGGCCUGUGGGGGAAUCAGCGAUCAGCUCGUGGGGUUUAG